AUGACUGAAGUGGCGGUCAUCAUCCCACAGCUCGGCGAUCCCAGCCCACCCAGCGUCACCUCGGUGCAGGAGCAGCUGCCCGACCCGGUUCUGGUGCCGGUGGUCAUUGGCUGGUUCCCCCGGAAUUGGUGUCUGCAGAUAGCAGUUUUGACCUUAACCUCUUCCUCCACGUGGUUGGAGUAUGUCUCCAUACUGUUCGUCUUCCUCAACUGCAUGAGUCUGGGCAUGUCCGAGCCCGGUCCCGAGAAGAGCUACACGUUCGAGAUUGUGGAUACCCUUGUUGUGGCAUUUUUUCUCAUUGAAAUGCUCAUCAAGAUCUUGGCCAUGGGAUUUCUUGACUGCCCAGGCAGUUACGUCCAGAACAAGUGGAACACGUUUGAUGUAUUUAUCAACGUUGGAGAGUUGCUCAGCUACUCCAUGCAGCACCUUGGCUUCGACAUGACGAUGUUUCAAGUGCUCGGGCCGAUGCGGCUGAUCAGCAGAGUGGCAAGCAUGCGUGACGUGAUGAGCGUGCUCAUGGGCAUCCUGCCCGUCCUCGUGAACGUUCUCCUCCUCUACAUGUUUGUGAUCGAAAUCUUCGCGGUGAUGGGAGUCCAGCUGUGGGCCGGGCAGCUGCGUAACCGCUGCUUCCCGGGAGAGAACAUUUCCACAGUGCACAACGUGUCCUUGGAUCCGUACUUCAUGACCAAGCGCGACGACAAGUACCCGUUCAUCUGUUCCCUGGACAGCAUGAAGGGGACGCGCCGCUGCCGCGACGUGCCGCCGCUCUCAGAGAACGGCCAAACGUGCUCUCUGGCUCCUCCCCACAAUGCACCGGGUGCGUUGGGCCCCGUGGUGCCGGGGGCCGCGGCUAACGCCUGCGUGAACUGGAACGUGCUGUAUAACAUCUGCCGGGCCGGGGACCAGAACCCGAACAAAGGAGCCAUCAACUUUGACAACAUCGGCUACGCCUGGUUAGCCAUGUUCCAGGUCAUCACGCUGGAAGGAUGGUCGGCCAUCAUGUUCAACGUCAUGGAUGCGUCUUCCUUCUGGAGUUUUCUGUUUUUCAUCAUCGUAACUGUCAUGGGCUCGUUCAUCAUGAUGAAUGUGUGCGCGGUCGUCAUCGGCACCCAUUUCUCGGACAAGUUGGGCACGAUGUCAGACAGGCAGAGUGAAAGGAGGGCCGCGGACAAGGCGGUCAUCAAAGGGCUCUACGUCAAGCUGACCAGCUGCCUGAAGGGAAUCAGACGAGCGUACAGCAGAACAAGAAACAACAGAGUGCACAGCAGCGACAGCGGGACUAUCUCCACACCGGUGAGAGUCGACCACUUUCCGCACUUCCACCAGCAGCGGUGUCGUUGCCUCGGCGACAAGAGGUCACCUGACUCGACCGCCGUCUUUCAGAUCGGGAUUGAGAUUUGCAGACCGCUCAGAGUCUUGCUGACCAGAGUCGUCAAAAGUCCGAUCUUCGACCGAGUCAUCAUGUUCGCCGUGCUCCUCAGCAUCCUCAUCAUGGCGAUAGAGCACCACGAGCAGCCCGUUGCCUUGACGACCAUGUUGGGCGUCAGCAACAUGGUCUUCACCGUGGUCUUUGUGGUGGAGAUGGCGCUCAAGCUGGUGGCUCUCAGAUGGACAUACUUCAAGGACAAAGACAACUGUUUUGACUUUGUCAUCGUCAUCGUCAGCCUGUGGGAGACGAUAACCAAAGCAAACGGCAAGCUGUCCGUCCUCCGAGUGUUUCGCCUGCUGCGCUUUGGGAGGCUGCUCCACUUCCUCCCUCACCUGAGGAAACAACUGCUGGUGCUGAAGAAGGCCAUGGUGGAGGCAGCUCCACUCUGCUCGAUUAUGCUGUUUCUCAUCUUCAUUUUCAGUGUCAUCGGCCGGUACCUGUUCGGCAAUCAGAUCGACGUCAAGAUAUCCGAAGACUCUGACAGGAAAUGCUUCGACACGCUGCUCUGGUCCAUGGUCACCGUGUUCCAGGUUCUGACGGAGGAGGACUGGCAGCUGGUGCUCUACAACACCAUGGCGGCCACCUCUCCGUGGGCCGCCAUCUACUUCGUGGCGAUCAUUCUGACGGGAAAGCACAUCCUCCUCAACGUCCUCGUGGGCAUCGUCAUUCAGGGCUUCCAGGACCGACGAGACAAGAACAGGUCCUCCGAUCCAGACUCCUGUCAGCCCGCCGGCUCCUCUUCUGCCAACGUGACCCCUGACGACCCCGUGUCCUCCGCUGCAGCCGGUGAGGACAACAUACCUCUGACACGGAUCCAGAAGGCGCUCCGCUGGUGCAAAGAGCAUGAAGAUUGGUCGUUGUACGCAUUGUCUCCCCAGAACAGGUUCCGCAUCUUUUGCCAGAGUGUGAUCGCUACACAGAUGUUCAACUACACAGUUCUGCUCUUCAUUCUCCUAAACUGUGUCACCAUUGCUUUGGAGCGGCCUGGAAUACACCCUGGAAGUGUGGAGCAAUUGCUCUUGAACACAUCCAGUUACGUGUUCUCUGUUGUCUUCCUGGUCGAGAUGAUUUUUAAGGUCCUGGCUCUGGGUCUGGUGUUCGGCAGCGAGAGCUACUGCCGGUCCAACUGGAACAAGGUGGACGGCUCGCUGGUGGUUCUCUCUCUCGUCCACAUCCUCGUCUCACUCGUCAGUCCGGGCCCCGACAAAAUGCUGGUUGUCGUCAAAGUGUUGCGCCUGCUGCGCACGUUUCGCCCCCUGAGGGUCGUCAAGCGGGCCCCCAAACUGAAGCUGGCUGUGCAGGCUCUCAUUUUGGCCAUCAGGCCCAUCGGGAACAUCUUCCUCAUAUGCUGCGCCUUCCUCUUUUUCUAUGCAAUCCUCGGGGUGCAGUUGUUCAAGGGGAAGUUCUACACCUGUUUCGGGGAGAACCUCGACCACAUCACCAACAAGACGGACUGUCUGUCGGCCGACUACCGCUGGGAGCGCAACUACUUAAACUUCGACAGCCUGCCGCAGGCUCUGUUGGCGCUGUUCGUCAUGUACUCCAGGGACGGCUGGGUGAUCAUCAUGCGCAAUGGAGUGGACGCUGUGGGAGUGAACGCACAGCCUGUGAUGAACUACAAUGAAUGGGCACUUAUUUUCUUCCUCACCUUCAUUAUUCUGAGCUUCUUUCUGCUCGACAUGUUCAUCGGCGUGAUGGUGGACACCUUCCGCGAGGUUCAGUAUAAGCAGCUGAUGCGAGACAUUGCAGAAGGAAGAGUAGUGCAGGUCAAAGGUAGGGAGCUGGUGGGAGCUGCUGGGAGCUGCUGGGAGCUGGUGGGAGCUGUCGGUGAGUCUGACUCGAUGUCCUACUGCACGUCCUACUCACGCACGCGUCGGUGGAUCCACACCCUGUGCACCAACACCUACCUGGACCUCUUCAUGGGCGUCAUCAUCUUCAUCAGCGUCUUGAUAAUGUCUGUCGAACAUUACGGCCAACCUCCGUACAUUGCGAUGUUGACCGAGUAUUCCCACGACGUGUUCACCGUCAUCCUGAUUAUUGAAGUCCUGCUCAAGCUUGUGGCGUUUGGCGGUCGGAGGUUCAUGAAAAACAGGUGGAAUCUGCUGGACCUCGUUGUCAUCCUGGUGUCCGUCUCGGGUAUCGUUUUAAACAAGAUGUAUUUGGCGAAGUCCGUUCCCUUUAAUCCCGGCAUCCUGAGAGUCUGCCGAGUGCUCCGACUGGCACAAGUGCUGAAGGCCCCAAAGAUCCGCGUUCUGCUGAAAACCGUCAUCAAGACGCUGACUCAGGUUGGAAACAUAUGUCUCCUCUUCAUAUUCUUCUUCUACAUCUACGCCGCGCUGGGAGUGGAGCUCUUCGGCACUCUCGGCUGCGUGGACAAGGACGAGUGCCGGGGCCUAAACGACCACAGCAACUUCAAGAACUUCGGCAUGGCGCUGCUCGCGCUCUACCAGGUGUGCACCGGGGACAACUGGAGCAGAAUCAUGAAGGACACCAUGACGCAGUGUCGCCUUGGAGACGAGAAAUGCUCCAACUACCUGACGUGGGUCUCCCCGAUCUAUUUCAUCACCUUCGUGGUCACGGCCCAGUUUGUGCUGGUCAACCUGGUGGUGGGAGUGAUCAUGCAAGCCAUGGAAGACAGCAAGAGGGAGGAACUCUUGGCUGCAGGCGCGCCGGUCUUGUCGCCGCCGGUCGAGAACGAAGACCGUCUGCCGGACCCAGAAUGA